AUUGUUUUUUGUGACUGAGCCUGGCUGCAGCUUAAGCAGCAGCUGAGUGUGAGAGCAGCAGCUGGCUGCCCCGUAAAUGAUGUCACAUUCAUUGCUGCCCCUGCUGGUGUGUUUGAGUACCACAGUCCUGCUCCUGGCUGUUUUGGUCACUCAAGAAAGCUGCAAGGAAUACGGAUAUGAUCACCAACAAGGCUAUGAGGUGCACCCUGGCAAACCGUUCUGCUCCUGGAAAUGUCUUGUGUUCACCUUGCAGUGGCCUGGGGGUUUCUGUCUGUCUCUGCACAACUGGACUGAAUGCGUGAUUCCUCAGAAUUAUCACAACUGGACGAUCCAUGGCCUGUGGCCUCUGAAUGUGAUGAAGUGUUGCAACUGCUGGCCCAUGUUUCAGUCUGACGUCCAGGAGAUUGAGGAAGAGCUAAAUGAGCAGUGGCCAUCAUUUCUGAAGAGCAGUUCCAGCUUCCAUUUCUGGAAUGAAGAGUGGCAGAAACAUGGUGUCUGUGCAGCAUGUGUGGAGGGUUUCAACUCUCCACUGCGAUACUUCCAGAUCUGCCUCAAACUGCGAGCACAUUUCGAUAUACACAAAAUGCUGGAUGCUGCCGGCAUCACUCCAUCCUGUGAACGGCCCUACGAGGUUAAGGAGGUUCACAGCAUCCUGGCUCCAUUUCUGGGUGACAAGCAUGAAAUCCAGUGUGUUAGAGAUGUCAAGGGUCGAGAAGUCUGGUUUCAGGUGAAAAUUCGUUUGUCUCCCAACCUGAGCAUUGGCUGUGAUCACCACCACCAGGAUGAUGAGAGGAAUUUAGCAGAGGAGCAUCGAAGUGCAAGGAGCACCUUUCCCGGUCACCCUUGCCCACCUCAGAUCCCAUUUUACUAUUUCCCGAUUAACCAUGAGGCGCCGCACCAGCCCUGUGGCUAACAACACCGCGGUCAACACUUUCAGCGCAGAGCCCCCUCUGUGCUCUAUGAAUAACAAUGUAAGCACGUGAAUGUUUCACAUGCAACACUGGGACUGUAUUCAGACAUAUGA